AUGGCACUGAGCCAACAACACCCUUCCUACGACAAUAUGCCCUUGCCCGCCCCGCCGUCCCGAACUGGCUCCAACGAGGAGAACCCGGGUUAUCCUUCUUCUCAGCAAUCAAAUGCUCCAGGGUCGUAUGGUCAAUAUGGGUUUCAGGGCCAGCAGCAGGGGGCAUAUGCCACCCCGAAUGAUCCAGGUUGGAUCCAGCGAGUCUUGGAGGAAAUGAAAGACAUGCUUGUCCUACUCAGCGCGGAGGGUCGCAUCAAUUAUGCGUCACCAUCAGCAAAACAAAUUACCGGUCGCUCCGCGAAACAGUUUGAGGGCACCUUCCUUACCCAAUACAUCCACGACGAUGACAAACAUAUCUUUAUCCGGGACAUGGCCGAGUCAGUCACGUCCAAUCAACCAUUUCGGACUCAUGUGAGAUUCUCGAAGACCAACAGCACACAUGGCCUCGUCGAAAUCUAUGGGCAUCCACACAUCGCGAGCCAAAACCCGUCCCAGGGCCGGAAUGAGUCUAGUGAAGAUCGAUGCGCGGGUUUUUUCCUUGUAUGCCGGCCCUAUCCCAACAAAACAUCUCUGCUCCUCGACUCCUUUCUGGAACAUAAGAUUGAAAACGCGCGAUUGGUCCAACAGAUUGCCAAGCUCAAACAGGAGGAAGAGGAAGAGGCAACUAUAACUCGUAUGCCGUAUGGCAAGCUCGAUGAAGAUAAAUCUUACAGCGAGAACCCACCUGCCACUAACCAAGUGGUCUUGAGCGAUCAAGAAUCUACGGAGACUGUCGCUCCCAACUCGGACUCGUCUGACGAGAACCCCACUGUCGACUUCUACUCAGAUGAUCCACCACGACGUCCUCAAAACUUUUCUCAUAUCGAUGGCAUUGAAGUUAUGACCGGUCUCUACUAUGGCGAUGGCGAAAGAUCGCAUGGUCUCAGUACCGGUCUCAAUCGGGGCAGACUGGUGCAUUGUGAUAUUGAUAUCACAACAGCAGCGGACCAAGCACGCAAUGCCCAAGAAGGUGACCGCCGAAAGAGACUGAAGGGUCAACACGUCUGUGGCGACUGUGGUACGGCCGACUCUCCUGAGUGGAGAAAAGGCCCUGGUGGUCCUAAGACUCUUUGCAAUGCCUGUGGUCUGCGUUGGUCCAAAAAAGAGAAGAAACGCCAAGAUUCCACAUGA